UUAAAGAGAGGGGGAUAAAAUAGUGCCCCGCAGACUGACAGACACAAUAGCAGUGACCCAGUGGCUUCGCGUUGAUGCUCUCCCCCUUGCUGCAUGUGGCCUUUGAACCCAUUGUUGUGUCGCGGGUGACGUCAGUGCCGUGUGCGGGAGACGGAGCGGCGUGCGCCUGGCGAGACAAAGGCGGCGGACCGACCGGGGUCAGGCAGCAGCAGCAGAGAGCCGAGAAUCACCACUGUGUUUUUUUAACUAAAAGCCUGCUGGUUAGCUAACCCGCUAGCUCACAGCACUGGUCUCCUCCUCCUCCUGGCUGCUUCUCAUCUUUCCCUCAAGAGCUGGGCGACACGCGAAGAGAGGACCUCGUCGACAAAGGCAAGAUACAAAGAGGGUGCGCUCACUCCCAACAAAACAGGCAUCCGUGAUCUGAUGUGAGAUCCACGGAGAGACUAUGCCUAGCCCUUUAUUCCACCCCGAGAUUAUGGACCACGACGUGGUGAUCAGCAGCCAGCACAACGGGGUUGGUCUGCCCCGAGAGACAGACCAGGAGUCCCGGGAAGAGGACCACCAAGAGGCGCUCCGUUUCGCCCUGGACCAGCUGUCACUCAUGGCCCUGGAGAAGGUGGACUGUGGGGGCGGUGGUGGUGUAGGCGGCGGGCUGGUCGACACUCUGGAUGGGACCCAGGGUCCGGGCUCUGACGGCUGUAACGGCGUGGGCGGAGGGGGCUACGUGGAUCUACAGAUGCUGGAGCAUCCCAGCGGGUCCCGGGACUCGCCGACGUCCUGUUCUCCAUCCCCGGAGUACUACGGCUCAGGCGGGUACCACAUGGCCGGCUCGCACCCGAUGCUCCACGGGGAACAAAGCUCCGUCCUCUGCAGCAGGAAAAGAAGUGUCAACAUGACUGAAUGUGUGCCUGUCCCCAGCUCUGAACAUGUGGCCGAAAUCGUGGGGAGACAAGGCUGUAAGAUCAAGGCCUUGCGUGCCAAAACAAAUACCUACAUAAAGACUCCAGUCAGAGGUGAGGAGCCAGUGUUCAUCGUGACAGGACGCAGGGAGGAUGUGGAGAUGGCCAAACGCGAAAUUGUCUCUGCGGCUGAGCAUUUCUCUAUGAUCCGGGCGUCCCGCUGCAAAGCCGGAGGGUCUGGAGGAGGAGGCAGCGGCGGCAGCUCUCUUCCUGGACCUCCACACUUGCCUGGACAGACCACCAUACAGGUGAGGGUGCCCUACAGAGUAGUUGGUUUAGUUGUUGGACCAAAGGGAGCAACUAUCAAGCGCAUCCAGCAGCAGACUCACACCUACAUCGUGACACCCAGUCGAGAGAAAGACCCGGUGUUCGAGGUGACCGGCAUGCCGGAGAACGUGGACAGAGCAAGAGAGGAGAUCGAGACCCACAUCACGCUGCGAACUGGGACCUUCGUAGACCUGCAGGGAGACAAUGACUUCCACACCAACGGCACUGAUGUCAGUCUAGAAGGCCUGGGCGCCCUGAGCGGAGGACUGGGGGCAUCUCUGUGGUCCAGGGCUACUGGUCACCAUUCUGCCCCCCCACCUCCUCCGCCCUCCCCACCUCCCCCUCUUCCCAUGUCCAUGCACCACUCCUCCAGCCGGAAGAUGUCCUCCUCGGUCGCCUAUCACACGCACAACGGUGGGAUGAGCUCAGACAACUUCAGCGCCACUCGCAAGGCCAACGAGAGAGGCAGCCCUACCAGCCCUUUUAGCACAGGCUCCAGCAGUGCUGGUGGAGGAUUCACUUUUGGGGGCGACUCCACCCCAGGGCUGGCUUCCUCAGAUGAGCUGGGCUUUGAGUUCACCGCUUCCAACAUCUGGGCACCUUUCGUCAACGGUGGAACAGGCAAUAAGACGGCCAGCGCCUCCCAGCAGCAGCCUCUGCGUCGCAACAGCAGCGGUCUGAGCGGUGGCGCCAUCACUCCACGAUUGUCUCCAACUCUGCCUCAGGACACGGGCGUGGGCCCGCUGGAUCACCCGCUGGCCCGUCGUGCCCAGAGCGAUCCCCUCAGCACUCUCUCCUGGCUACAGUCUGGCAGCGCAGGAGGCGGCUCCUUCUCUGGGGCGUCAAGCUCCAGCUCUGGCGGCUCGUCGACCGGUUACUCCUCCUGCUCGGCGUCCUCUCUGCCAGGCGGCUCGCCCACUGACUCCGAGGGAGGCGGCAGUGCCGUGGGUCUCAGCUCUGGGAUGCUGAGCCGGCUGAAAGGCGGCUCAGGCCCCGGGGUCACAGGCCUGGUCGGCAUCAGCCCCGGGAUCAACAGGGACUGCUUUGUGUGUUUCGAGAGCGAGGUGACAGCAGCCCUGGUGCCUUGUGGCCACAACCUGUUCUGCAUGGAGUGUGCCGGGCAAAUCUGCCAGUCAGCUGAGCCGGAGUGCCCCGUCUGUCACACCCCCACCACACAGUGCAUCCGCAUCUUCUCCUAAUGCUCCGACAGGAAGGGUGGGGGGUAAAUAUGGGAGAGGAGACUGGAAGAAGACUGCAGUGGGGCACCAGCUGUGGCGGAGGAGAUGGAAAGAUUCACACUAAUAACUUUCACACACACGAUGGACCAUAAUAAAUGCAUUAAUAGAGAUGACGAUACUAUACGGAUGUUGAUUUAUUGCUGAUAACUGUCAAGAUUAAUAAUAACAAUAAUAAUAAUAAUGACUUAUUUUCAGAGUGAAGUUAAUUGAAACUGGUCUGCAGGCGGUUGGGGCUCAGACAGUCUCUCGGUGGUGAACUUACGGAUGGAAACUAGUGUCUUAUCUCUCUUCAGGCCUUCAUUUUGACUCGGAGCAGCCUGCACCGCUGGCCGCUGGUCUGUCUCGACAUUUCUUCAUUCUGGCUUCUUCAGAUCUCUGCCUGCUUUCUCUCACACAGCCUUUCCUUUAGACACUUUUGUACUUAACAGAUAUUUUUCGAUGAAGCUGUCAAUGAGGCCUGCACUUUUCUACUCCUUAUUUCAAUGUCCUUGACAGGACGCAAACUGUUCCAACAAAUCCCUCGCUUUCUCUCUUUGCUCUCACUCAUGCUGUUGUUUGUCGCGGGAAGCGGCAGAGUUGCUAUUUUUCUGUAAGCUUGGAACUUUUAAAAAGGUCGGUGUGUAGUCAGGCACCCAGCAGAGCAACACACCCAAGGGACCUCUUACGGAUGAAUUCCUCUUUGUCGUUGCCACACGUAAUUUAGCCAUCAGUAAUGCCAAAUGAACGCUGUUAAUCACCAUCUCUUAAUUCUUGAUCAAAUUUGGAUGAGUCUGCCCCACAUUUAAAAUGUGGCCACUGCAUUGAUUCAGAUAAAUUAACCUUUAACAGGUGAGAAAUGCUCCAUUAGUGAUCUGUAGGAAUCUGUCUGAGGUCAGUGCUCUGAACGUUUGGGCUGCCUGACCAUCCCUUUACAUUUCUCUAUCUGUGUGUGUGUGUGUGUGUGUGUGUGUGUGUGUGUGUGUGUGUGUGUGUGUGUGUGUAAUGCCCACUCAUGCUGUUGUUCACAUCUGAGUCAUUGUGUGCCCUCGCAGUGAGAAGGUCUGGUUUCUGCCACUCUCCUUCACUGUCAGGUCAGUCUUAUGGGAAGGUGAUGCUCUGAUCCAUCCACAUUUUUCCUCUCACAUCUUCCGUCUGUUACACUUAGAUCGACUCAUUUAGUGUUUUCUACUAGGUUUUUUUCCUUUGACUCUUGACUGUCAAGCGUGUGGCUCACAGACAUAUUUUCAACUCUAGGAUAAGAUAGGGCUUUUCUGAUGUCACACAUGAAUGUUUUGUCCAGUAAGGUUAAGGAGAGGUGGCUCCUCCACCCACAUGAACCAAUAACAAAGGGGCUCAACUGAACCAUUUGUUAUUUUCUUUUUUCUUUUCAUGCACUGUAACUCCCGGCCCCUCCUAAAAAGAAAAAAAGAAGAAAGAAACAGCUCUUACUGUUUUUGUUUUGGUCUUCCACCCCACUCUCACAGCAAAGCUGUAUGGCACUCUCAGAUGACACUCUGUCACGCCCAUAUAACGCUGUACUCCUGGAUAAAUGUGGUGCACUACAUGGUUAGUUGUUUGAGAUUUGUCCUUUGUUUCAUAGCAGUUCCAAGUAACUCGACAAGGCGGUUGCAUCCUGUUUUGUGUUUUUAAAAAGAAUUCAGUGUGAGUUUGCAGUAACUGCCUCCUAUAGUGUUAAUACUGUACGUACGAUUUGGGCGAUGUCGGUGUGAUGGUACACGGUUGCCAUCAGUGGCCCUUUUAUUUUAUUUUUUUAAACAUAGAUGGAAUCAGCUCAUAGAAUGAGAAAAGCCAUGACCCAACAAAUUAAAAUGACACACCUAACUCUCAAAGGGCUUCCUCUGACUGCACAGACACAUGAUCACAUUUUCAGGCUCACGCAGUAGGUAGAAUCAACUUAUCCUUUAUGGCAGCUAGUAGCUAGGUCAUCCAGGGCUUCCAGACACUCUCUGUGUUCAAAUCCCAGCAGCUGCAGAAUGUUUUGCUUGUUGUUUUUAAUGAGUUGUUUUUUAAAUUACAAUUGUCCCCACACACACACAAACGCACAUCACAUUCGGAUCCUGUUGGUAGAGUGUAGGGCGUUGCAGUCACAGUGUGUCCUUGUCCCUGGACACAGUCGCAGAUCAGGACGGGUUGUAGGGUUUUAAUACCAUGGAAAAAAAGGGUAACUCUACUUGAGUAUAUAGUUGGUAAAAAUGGGCAGGUCUGCUGCUGUGCUUUGGUGCUCCAGCCAGUACGAUGUUAAACUUAUUUGCUGUGUGACUGUUCGUUUGCUACUUUAGGUGACAUGGGCAGUAGCUCCACAGAGGAAUCUAACAAGGCGCUGUCCUGGUUGAGCACAGCAGUACACUAAUUCAUGUGUCCACACGUGUAGUAAAAAAUCUGCCCAGGAGCUGAAUUGGUAGUCUUUGUGAAGACUAUCCCAUGGUGCUUUGGUGCAACUCCCUACUGAAACACGGUGAUGAACAAACCCAGUUGGUAGUGGGGUAGACCUCUUUGUUUUGUUUUUCUCAGACUAAAGUUCUCCAGUGCUCUGUAGACCUGACAUCCCUGUUCUCGUUCUCGCUGGAACGUGCAGUCCAUCCCCUCGCCGGGCUCUGAUGUCAAGCGUCGCAUUUCGUCUCUUACCCGCGCACACUCCGAACAGAUGCAGGGCUGUGAAUGUGUCUGAACGAACAGAUCAGUCGUGACCGUUGUGAGAGUCUGUUGAGGCCAAACUUCAAACCGUCCCAAGUGGACGUGUUAACGGAAUAAAAUGUGGUGUUUGCCAGAUUGGUCUCAUGUAAAUCCUGGUGUUGCACUGGGAUGUUUCUGGCUAUUGAGAGAAUGUUAGGGUUUAAUGUACAGUAGUUUAAUUGUUUAAAAAGGUACAGAAUUUUUCAGAUUGACUGCUGAUUUUUAUUUUUUUUUAGCCAAACGUGUCCCCCUCCCCCAUUUCCUUCCUUAAGGUUUGAAAACAGGGUUUCCUGAGGCAUGCUAACCAGUGACCUCUGACCUUUUUUUUUUGUGAUUAGAGGGGAGGGGGUGCGAAGAGAGCCUCGCCAGUAAGGGGUGACAGACACCCCUCAAGCCUCCGCUCUCCUAUUUUUUUGCUUUAAUUCUCUUUGUAUGCAGAACCAAAAUGUAAAAGGUCAGCAAACUAGGUUGCAGGCCUGACCUGUGUGUGUGUGUGUGUGUGUGUGUGUGUGUGUGUGUGUGUGUGUGUGUAUAUAUACCCUGAAUACAAUCAUUGGGAUCUUGUUUUCAAAAAGCAAAAUGACUUAAUUGAAGAUAAGUGUAGUUUCUAAAGAACAUGUAUCAUUAUUUGUAAGUUAACCAUCUGCAUGUCUUCAAGCCACCUGGCAUUAGUUAAUAAUUUUUAAAA